AUGAAGGCGAAAAUACCGACUGUAACUCAGGAGACGAGCCAGGACUACAUCUACACGGGACAACAGGCCGGGGGUGGGUUCGUCCCCUAUCAGCAAAACCACAAUCAGUAUAUUAGUCCGUCGGAUAUCAUUCCUUUUCGACAAUCACCGGCUGGUUUUCAGACGUUGGACUCUCCGCAGCAUGGCAGUUAUUUACACCCCGAUCUCCAGACAUCUGAUCUUCCGGUGCACCUAAGACAGACUCUUCCGCAGUACCGAUUUCCUUCCACGCCUAGGACUCAAGUCAUUAACUUUCCUCGGAAUUCUGUGAAUCAUCCAUUCAGCCAAUUCUCGUAUCAGAACCAAAACCAAAACACGGUACCAAGAAAACUUGUCAGCUCUCCGUCGUCCUUCCAAACUCAGAGCCCGCAAAAUUUAGGAUCGUACAAUCAGGAUGCGUUAAAUUUGCAACCAACAACAUUAAGACCCAAUUAUUCACACUUGUUCGCGAAACAUCAUAACCGAGAUCCUUCCCAGACUGAAACUUUUCUCGGAGAAAUAACUCUGCAGAAUCCAGUAGAAGCUCCUGUACAAUACGAGGAGUUUAGGCCAAGUAGACCAUUCCCAGAAAAAAGUACAGACUUCAGUGACGUACUGGAAGAAAGUGCUGGAAAUUCAAUAGGAGGAGCUGGCAGAAAUGCAUUCUUAAACCACAGGGCAAGAAUCGUAGCCCCAGAUCCAAGUAAACCAACCAGCAAAGCUGUAGUGGACGAGUACUUUGUUGACUCAAAUGGAGAGGUGUACAAUCCCUCGGCUAUUUCUAGUACAACAGAGAGUUUAAUACCUACCACACAAUCAGCCCCUUCGGAACAGAGGUCCGUUAAUAGAGUAAAAACUAAAAAGAUAAUAUCUAAACGACCAAAAACUGUCGACUUGGAACCGCUAUUGGAAGAACCGCUCAAAAAGAAUUAUGGUUCUAAUAACGACGAUGAAGUUGAAGUGAUUAAGUCAUCGAAUACUUCUCACGAAGCGAUUAGUUCCAGUGAACACUCGGAAGAAGAAACUUACACCCACGAACCAUUUGACAGCACUGAAUUUUACUCAGAUGAAAUUUAUUCUUCUCGUGAAGCUGGUCAAGUGGAAAAUUAUAUUCACGGAAACGAAGAAAAGGAAGAGCAGGACGACAUAAGUGAAGAACAAAAGCCCAAGCUUGAACCCAAUUUGUCAAUUACCAAACUUAGUUCCCAAGAAGCUAUUUCAAUAGAAGCUACCAAACCUGCAGUAGUCCACACAGUUUCUUCUUCUGUUGAGGAGAGUGGGAAACAAGAGCCGGAACUGGUUACUUCCGUAGUGACGAGUAAAACAGUUGUCAACAAUACAAUAAUAGCUUCAGCAACGCCCAAUCCAGCCCCUACAACUCCUUUAAAAACAACAACUGAUCCGUCAUUUCCGAUCGACAAUACUACGGACACAUGGGUGGUUAUCGCUUCAGUGCAAACUAGUCGGAGUGUUUCUGGUGCUAGAUAUCUUCCAUCUUCUAUAGUAGAGCAAGAUGUGAGAGUUAAACUUCUAAAUGAGCAUUCCGUCGAAGAAAUGAGCCACCAUCACACAGUACCAAAAACUGAAUUUGAAGAGGAUUAUGACGAAACUACUACAGAAGAAACAACAGUGGUUACUACUCCUAAAUUGCGCACCUCUACGGAGAGUCUGAACGAUAAAUUGGAUAGAGUGCAAUCCGAUCUAUCCAGUGGGCUUUUAACAGGAGGUUUGGGUAAUAAUAUAGCAGUCAUUAAAGAACAUUCUCCAGAAAAGAUGGAAAUAUCCUCAAUGGAAGAAAUUACAACAACCACUCCAAAAACUCCUUACCCGCAAGUGAAUAUUAGAAAGUACUCGCCAAGUAACCGAAGGACUACAACAAGGAAGCCUCGUCCACGACCAGGAUUAAGAACGAAGAAACCGUUUGACCCCAACCAACCGCAAGGUGACCAACCACGAAAAGUUGAUGAUCUUACUUCAUUCUUACCCCCUGGAUACAAAUUAAACGCCAGUGAUGAAAGAAGCUCUAAAUUAUUAGAAGAAAUUUUAAGUAGGGUAAAACCAGUUAAAGUAGAAGAUAAAAAAAUUGUUAAUAAGACUGAAACAAGUACUGUAGCAACUACUACUACAACAGCCAAAUCUAACGAGACUGAAAAGACAACAACUGAGCACGGUAUUUUUAAGAACACGAAAUCAGAUGACAUUUCCAAAUUUUUACCUCCAGGAUACAAACUUCCGAAAACUGAAGGUUCCUCAACAACCGAAGACAGUAUUUUUAAAAAUACAAAAGUCGACGAUAUAUCCAAAUUUUUACCCCCUGGAUAUAAGCUUCCAAAAUCCGAAGAGAGGACAACUGAAAGCAGUAGCGUAUUUAAAAAUACCAAAGUUGACGAUAUCUCCAAGUUCUUACCCCCAGGAUUUAAAUUGCCCAAAUCUGAAGAAAAAACCACUGAAAGUAGCAACAUAUUUAAGAACACAAAAGCUGAUGAUAUAUCCAAGUUUUUGCCUCCAGGAUAUAAGUUACCUAAAUCCGAAGAAAAAACUACUGAAAGCAGCAGCAUCUUUAAAAACACAAAAGCUGAUGAUAUCUCUAAGUUCUUACCUCCCGGAUUUAAAUUUCCAAAAUCUGAAGACAGAACCACUGAGAGUAGCAGCAUUUUCAAAAAUACAAAAGCUGAUGAUGUAGGCAAAUUUUUACCUCCGGGUUAUAAGGUACCGAAAUACAAAUCUUCUACUGAAAGUAGUGUAUUUAAAAACACCAAAGCUGAUGACGUUUCCAAAUUUCUGCCUCAUGGAUAUAAGUUACCAAAAACAUCCACCCAAAGUCCAGAAGAAGCUGUUGCUAUUAAAGUUACAGAUCUUAGUGCUUUUAAAGUGGACAUAUCAGCGCUUUUACCGCCUGGCUACAAAGAUUCUUCUCACAAUGAUACCGUUCCAUCCAGUACGCAUGUUCCUGUCAGCUCUACAAGUGAAACCAAGACCAAACCAGGUGGUGUCAAAGUUGUUUUCCCAUCGAGGCCUGGUGGAGGAACGAGGAAGUCUGCGAGUAGAACAACUCACAGACCGGUGCAUGAGGAAGCUCCUAGAAAUACUCCUCCUACUAUCCAUAAGGGAUGGCCUUCAAGAGCAACAACUGAAUUCACCGGCUGGCCAACGCCUUCAACGACUCCAAUUUCAAUCGAAAAACUUCUGGAGGCUGCUAAAGCUGCAGCUACUAGCACAACUCGUGCAGUUGAAACAACUGUAUCAACAACGACAACGACCACGACUACAACUACAACAACUCAGAAGCCAACCACGCCUGGCGUUUGCUCGAACGAAUGUGAUCUGGCUGGUACUAUUAAAUUGAUUGGGGGAAUUAAGUGGGUACCGGAGUAUCUAGAUAGAAAUACUAAGGAAUGGCAGGUUUUGGCUAACGAAGUUGAGAGUCAGUUGGAUUACGUAUACAGUUCCUCUUCAUUACUAAAUCGAUGGUAUAAGAAAAUCAGAAUUGACGGAUUCAGUGAAGGAAGUGUUUUAGUCGACUACUUAGUUGAACUCAACGAUUUAGGUAGAAGGAUAAACACUCAAGAAAUCAAAAAGCUUUUCCACGAGUCAUUGGAUGACGCGCUGUCAACACUUGGAGGAUCCAAUAGGGAAGCAAAAUCAUUGAACGAGUCCAUCAAGCUGGAAGGGAAGUUGGCUUUGGGAAAUUUCGUUGUGGAUCCAGCGUACACGGACUUUUUAGUGUUACCAAAACAAGUAUAUCCUACAGUGGGCUAUGCAGAAAAUGAUGUUCUUCUUCCACAAUGGGCUAUUGCUGUAAUAGUCAUCGGAUUAGCAUCACUUCUCUUCGUCAUCAUAUUUGGAGUUACAGUGCUGGUAAACAGGCAGAAAAAUAACAAAAAGAAAGCUCCCACACCUUUAACUGAAGGUAUGCUAAACGAACUCAAUAAAAAUCAUAUGGGAGGCAUCGACAAUUAUGGAGCAGAAGACCUCUAUAACAUGGAAGAUGUGUGGAAUGAGAGAGGUUAUGACCAAAAACCUCCCAAAAAGCGAUCCAGUGGAUCCAUCCACGACAACAGUAUGUCAAAUCUAUACGACAGUUGGCGAUCCGAAUGGAACGGUUACUACUACAACGCCUACUACGGCAAUCCAGGAAGUAGCCACAGCGGCUACAAUGGAAGAAGAAGAUCGGAUUAUGAUACAAACUUCUAAAAAUUAUUGUUCGACAAUUUUAAGUUUUGAAACUGCCAAGAGAGUAAUUUUUAUUAUUUUCUAUCGUUUUAGAUCGAAAACAUGACGUAACAAAUAUGACGAUUUAAAAUGUGUAUCUAAUUUUAUAGGCCGAUUGCAGGAAGAAGUAAAAUUGGACACACAUAAUAUAUAGUUUUACUUUUUGCCUUUACAAAAAAUUUGACAAUUUUAGGAAAUAUUAUAGUUUUUAGUUUAAUCAAACUUAAGUGCAGUUGUGGAUUGGUUUGAAUGUCAAAAUCGUUUCAUGUAGAUAGGUAGUUCUAUAAGAUACUAUUUUUUACUUCUCUGUAGUUUGUACUUUAGUUUUAUUUUACCUCUACCAAUGUAUUACAAUAUUGCUUUAAAAUUAUUUCCAUUACCUCCAUUAGGGUAGGUAUUUUACUCACUAGCAGAGAGGAAGAGAAACUGAGAAGCGGAUCAUGGCUGAUAUUUUUUAAAAAAAGUAUCAUAUCGUGAUCGUCGCAGCAAGAGGUACGUGGUGUGGUGAUCUGUGUCAAAUGAACGAUAUCAAAAUCGUUCAGAUUGAACAUGAGAAUUCGCGCUUCGUGAUCUCUUUGAUCCUGGUAUAUGAAAGCUCCUUACUCCGGGAAUCUCAUGCCCCCUGAAGCUUUGUUGUAUGUGUGUAGCAAUAUAUAAUAUGUGUAUUUUUCUGUUUAUUCCAUCUUCUUAUUGUUCCGCUUCCUUUCGAAGAUGGGCGAUCCAAAUACCAAUUGUAGCUUUGGAAACUGCUGCACGAUGCAGCAUUAUUCAAUCUAGAGCUGGGUAUUUUAUUUUUUCAUAUACUCUUUACUUUAUAAUACAAUCUGUACUCUUGUAUUCAUGAUUUUUUUCAAGCAGGAUUCAAGAUUUAACUGAUAGCAGUGGCUAAAGUUUAUUUAUCAUAAACUAAAAUACAUUAUGCAGAAAUAGUAACAGAAAUAAAUUCAAAACUAUCCACACUGACACUUCCAGAAGUAUUGAGUGGCAUUUAUGCGAAAAAUAUAUCUUAUGAUAAUUGAACUUUAAAAAAAGUUGUUUUUAUAAAAUAUUUACAAUGUCAACAAUUUAAUAUUUAAUUGUCAUUAACGUAGCUAAUUAAUAGAUGUUGCUCAAUUUUUUACGUCCCCCCUAAGCCUUCUCCGUUUUUUCUUAUAAAGACAAACGAUCUAGGUAAAGUUUAGAGAAAUGUGAGAAUUCGAAGUACGUAUUAAUGUGUAACUUCUGACAUUUUUGGUUAUUAAAAGUAUAUAAUAACAAUGUGUAAGAUAUACUAAAUACUAAUUGGCGCAGGCAGUAGUAUAUUUAUUGAUUUUAUAAAUUUUAUUUACUCAUUUCUACUAUCUGCAAUAGAUAUAUUCAUGAGAGCUUUACAUUUUCUAAAAUUGAUUACCGGUAAUACUUAGCUCGAUUUCAGACGAUUUGCUUAAGAAGAAGAGAAACAAGAUAAUAUUAAAAAAUGCUAUGUAUGGGAUUAAGGAAAACAGUCAGUGAUUAAGUGAAAAAUCAUGAAAUGAUCAUAUUAAUAGGAUGCUUAAUUAUUAUCUUGACAAGAAUAAGUAGAAGAAGAAACCAAACGUAUCUAAAAUAAUAAUGAGCAACCUUCUACUUAGAUUAAUAUGAAACGCUAAUAUAAAUACUGGUCAUGAUGAUACAGAAAAAAAGAUCAAAUAAGUUCAUAAAACUAACACAACCUUCAUUGGUGAUAUCCAAUUUCAUAUUCUCUGGAAUUUAGGUAUCGUCAAGGUUUUCUCAGAAAGUCCCUUGGCCCUUAAUUCAUUCUGGUUUUAAUUGAUAUUAUCUUAGACAAAGAACUUUUGACGAACAACCACUUCAUAAGAACGUCUUCUACCCCGAGCCUGAGUGGUAAAUUUCGCAAACUCACACUCAGCUCUGUGAUUAGCUUAGUGUAGAACCGUAAAUCUGCUUUAUUUAAACAAAGCCUUCUUUUAAGUUUUAGUAGUAAUUUGACACUUCCCCAUAACAAUACAACUGCAGUACAAUUAUUUGAAGGCACAACUAAUAUCUAAUAACCAAAAAUGCAUAUAUGUUAAACAAAUCGAUAAACCCAGGGCACAUAACAUUUUUUUACUUUUUAAACAGUUUAAUAUAUUUUAAACUAUCAUAUGACUAACAUUAUCAAAAUGUCGUGACCUGGAGUUGUUUCAAUUAAGCAAAAGCUCAUAGAGAGACAUGUUGUGACAUCUCUUAAUUGCAUAUAAAGCUUGCUUUUAUUUAAAAAAUGGUCGAUGUAACAUUAGGAGUGAGUUAGGUCUCAACAAAUACUUAAUAAAAAAAUAAAACGUCUUUUUCGACAAAAACGUUCUUCGAUUAGGACCAUACCAGAUAUGGUUUUUAAUUUUUCAUAAUUGCUGGUAAGAUAUUUGGGCGGUGAAUAGGUACAAUUUUUAUAAGAUUAACAAAAGAAUAAAUUAUUGGUCCUAAUUUGUAAGUUCACGUUUAUAGAAAUAUUCCAAAAUGUUUGAUAAGAGCUAUUGAUUGAGUUGACCCAUUACUUAAUAUUACUAAUUUAAUUAAUAUCUUUUCAUAAAAUUAGUUAUAGGUCAUCAAAAUUGUCAUUAAUGUCAAUCGAUAGUUCUUGGUCUAUAAGAUUUAGCCAAUAUUUAAAAAUAUAUGGAAAAUAUCCAAUCGACUAAACAAAGCUGCAAUUCUUACCCUAACAAUUGUUUAUAAAAUAAAUAAUAUUAUAUUUUUCAAAAUGCACAUUAUAUUUUACUUUUAUCGACAGUUUUCUUACUAAUUUUCAGUGAUUAUAAUUCUAUUUUCUUUUGAGGGUAUCUUUUCCUUAAACUUGUUAAGGUCCUGUUUUUCUAUUUUAUAUUUUGUUCAUUUAUUCUGCUCCAUAUCGUAUGUAGAGAUUGGUUUAUAAAAGUUUGGUUCCUGUAGGUAAAAAUUGCAGCAAAAAGUUUCUUGGGGGAAGAACGAUCAACGGAAACUCAGACAAAAAAGUAAUUCUUGGCAAAAAAUACAGGAAACUUACAAAAAGUAAUAAGGCAUCUAGUAGAAAGAAAAAAACCAUUCUUUAAAAUUCUCGAUAGAAGGGAAAUAUGAUUAUUACGAAUAACAGAGAAUAUCGAAAAAUCGAGGUUUGCCAUCAACUACCCAUCUAUCAUGAUAAGCUUGAUAUCGAAAUAAACAGACUGCGCUCCUGAUAUCCUCCAUUGUUAAGAGCCAACUCCUUACAUUAGGAACAUUUUAACCUCACCAACGCUUGGAGAAGACAAUGGGAGCGCAAAUCACUACAGAAAGCACACCAAAUGGCCUGUAUCGAUCGGAAAUCUGCAGGCUUUUAACUGGCCCGCAAUACAUGGAUACAUGGAUACCCGCAUAAACAGAAUAAGAAAAAGCUGCCGGUAGAUGUGCUGACAGCUUAUAUAGAUGGGGAAAAGUUCUUGCUCUGGAGUGUGACUGUGGUGUGCAACGACAGACCGUCCGUCACAUUGUUGAAGAUUGCCCCUGAAGGCGAUUAUCUGGAGUUUUCGAUGAGUUCCUGAAUGCGAGCUGAAAUGUUUUAAACUAUAUUAAUAAUACAUUAGAUGUUCGUUUGUAACAAUUUAUGUAACGUUUUUUAUUUAUUUCUAAUUAUGUGUUCUUAUUGUAAGUCAUACGAUAAAUAAAUAAUAACAGAAAAAGCUGUAAAUUUGUGAGAGGGCAAACAAUAGAAACACUUAAAAUACCACAGUUCAAACGAAUCCAUCUAAAUAACAUAAAACAGACUAAAAUAAGAUCUAAUUAACUGAAAAAUAGAAAGACCCCGAGAAAAGAUAGAGUGGCAAACAAACUUUUAAAAAAAUGGUGUACCACAGCAUAUACAACAGUUCACAAUUAUGUUUAACAGGAUAUUAGAAUUAUCAAGAAUAUCGGAGAAAUCGAGAAUCUGCAUUAUAAUUCUUCUCUUUAGGAAACCAAAAAAAAAUAACAUAAUUAAAUGCAGAAUAAUAAACUUAUUAGGUACCAUACUAUAACACUUACCGAAAGUAAUAAGUAAGAUUACUACAAUUCUUAAUAUAUCAGACGAUAUAUUGAUGAUGAUGAUGGUCAAACGAACAAUAAUCAUAAUGUUUCAAAAAGUACACCAAAGGGUAUACGUAAACAAAUAAACAAUACGUAAACAAACAUCCAAACCAACUUCAGUGCUUUUAUAUUGAUAAAAUAUUUAGAAACUAUAGAAACGAAGGUCCUAAUAUGAGCCCUAUUUUGUUUUUUCAAAUAUAUUUCGCCCUUUCAUGAUAGUUAUGUGAAAUUGCAGAUAUACUUAGAUUUAACAUUUAUUAAUAAUACUGAAUAGUUCUUUAUUAAAAAAAAAACUUUCUAAAAAGCAUACAGUAAAUACUUAUAAUAAUAUAAAUUUGGUGCAAAUUUUAAAAUUGCUCGGUUUGUUAGAAAUUUGGACCCCUAGGAAAAAUCGCACAAAAAUUGUUUAUUUAACCAAAAAGAACAUAGUUUAGUAACAAAACAGAAAUAAAUAAAUUAUUAACAAAAAUCGCAAAUGUAAGUGUCUUUUUCAGCUCCUAACAAUAGUUUAUGUGCUACUCAUAAGUUACACAUAAGCCAUUCAAUCCAAAGUUCUCCCUUUCUGUCUGUUUGAUAUCGUCCCUCACAAAAUAGGCAUUCUGCAUCUUUGUCGUCUAUUAUAUCUUGCCCACUUUCUCAAGGUCAACAUCAUCGUCAAGUGGGAAAAAUUGUUUAGAUGCUGCGGAACUGCCUUCACUGCUGGUUUCGGAUGUUUUUGAUUUCUUUUGGAUGUUUUUCAGCAAUUUUUGACCCCCGUUUAAUAAAUUUCCAAGUUCUUUUCUUUUUACAUUAUUAAGUUUUUUGCUUUGAGUUUUAGCGAGAGAAUCUUGUGUGUCAGUUUUGUGGAGAGAGAAGGUAAUUAUUUGUGAUUUGGAACCUUUUCCUUAACGAGUGGAUGUUUUUUAAAGAUUGGCAUAUUGGAUAUUUGUCAGUUAGAUAGCCAAGCGGGCUGGGCGGCUGGUUCUCAUUCGCUUCGCUGCGAGUGGUUCAGUGGAUGUGAGUUCGAUCCACAAAUUUUUAUCUAGCCAAAUCAAUCACUGCCUGCCAAAUUGUACGUGUAGCUAUAAUGGCUAUCAAGUACUCGAAGAACGGGGGACUCUUUUAUUGGUUUCACAAAAUAUAUAAAAUGUUUCAUCGAUUCAGUAAACAAGUUCUCUUAUGACCAAUCACUUGGCUGAACCGCAUAUAUUGACCCAGGUGGAGCGCCAUGCAGUCAGUGGUCAUUUCGAUUGCUUCAGGAAAAAAAUCAACAUAGGCAGAAUAAAUUGACCACCAGUACGCAUUGCUAUAAUUAAAGUUACAAGAGAACCACUUUCAGCAGAUAUUAUUGAAAACUCUAUACGAAGAAAACUAUGUUUCUUUUAUUCGGUUUCUUAAGAUAUAAGUCUAUAUACAGAAUUCUUAAAAUAUAAGUUCCAGUGGAUUUUCGAAGUGAUAGGGAAAUAUUAUGGUGUCUUAAGAAAGCGUCCAGCCAACUUCUUCUUGCAAUAUUAUUUUUAAAUUGAUGAGUUAAUCCAUUAUUUCUAGCUAAUGUGUAUGUCACUCUGCGGUCUUUUCGUGUUAGACCAAAAACUGAACCAACCGUACUUCGAUAUCUUCUCCUAAUACUGUUUUCUUUUUCCAAGUGAAGUUGAAAUUAUUUUUUCUACAUUUGAACAUUUAGUCUUCUGAAUCUUCAUGAAUCUUCGCAAAGAAGAUCUUGAUACAUUGAAACUUUGACAAACCCAAUAUUUUAUUGCUAUCAACCUCCAAAGCUUUUUGCAUGUUUUCAGGCCUCCAUUUUGUUCUUGUUUUUUCUCUGAUAUUUGCAUGGCUGAUCUGAAAAAAAAGACGCAACUGGUAUCGAAACGGAGUUUACUGGUCCAAAUACGGUCCAUAUUUGCAAAUUGUAGGGGUCCAUAUUUGCAACCUGUAGGUGUCCAUAUUUGCAACUUCUAGGGGCCCAUAUUAGCCACAUUGUACAUGACCACAAUAUGGUGACAAUUUUUUAUAGUUAUUAUAUUAUAUUGUCAAUAUUGUGUCUAGAUGCACAUAGCACGCUAAAAUACAAACGUAACACAUCACACUUGAACAAACAUUUUCCUUAAAUAAAAAUUCGAUAAUUACAACUUACCGUGAAUAAAUAUCAUAAAUCUGUGGAAUACACAAACCUCGCUCUGACAUACAACGAGUUAGGUAACAAAGGAGGGAGCUCUGCCAUUCUCAACUUUAAUAUAUUUUUAAAAGAUAGCGCUACCUGUGGCAUCAAAUUUUUAAUGAAGGCCCAUUAUAACCACAGGGCUCAUAUUAGGACCUUCUCCUCUAUUGUUCAUUCUAUUGUCUUUCGUCUUAAGAAACAUACAUUUUUGUUUCAUUUUCAUUGAUUUUAUUUACAUUUAUUUUACGAAACUUUAUUCUAAUUUUUAUAUGUAAUUAUAUUACUCGAUUAUUUCAAAUAUAUAUAGUUUAUUUGUUAUAAGCAUCUGUUAGGGGCUUUAGCAUGACUUGAUUGGAAUUUAAAUUUAAUAUUCUACAAAUGUGCCAAAUAUUUGAAAUUAGAAUGACCCUUAGCCAAAAUACUGAUAGAAAGAUUUCUAGAGUAGAGUCCAAAUAAAUACCGAACUGAUUUUGUAAUAAAUAUUUUACAUUUUUGAAAAAAUUAGGCAAGUAAGUAGUUAGAAAAAGUAUUUUGUAUCUUAUGACCCUGAAAACAUCUGAUCAGUAAUAAUAGGUAAUCAUAUCACCUAUUAUUACUGUUCGCGUCACCUAACGCAACUAUUCUAAAAGUAUGCAGUACCUAAAACCAGAGAAAAGGUAUUUUUCUGCUUUUAUUACUAAAUGCCGCAUAUUUUAUAGUCUAUGCUUUUAUAAAAGGAAAAAGUUAACAUUUUGUGAGAAGUAUUUUGUUUCAGGUUGCAGCUAAAAUCAGUCGCAACCUAUACAAUGCUUUUUUGGGUGUUUUUAAAUCAUGUUAAUAUGCUGUUGAGUAAAAGAUUAUAGUUCACUGCGCAUACAAGUGUGUCUCCAGGGUUAUGAGAUUCUGAGAUAUCAAUAUCCAUUCCAUUUAAGCAAUACACGACAUUCAAUUCCAUUUUUCAUUCACUAAUAUCUAUAAACGAUUAUAAUUCUGUAAAAAUUUUAAAUAACGGCUAAAUUAUUGGUAAGAUGUAUUAAAAACGGCUGUACGACAUAUACAGGUUAGGUAUGACCAGGUUUUUCUAGUCAAGCAGCCUGCUAACAACGUUUUUACUAACGUUGUAUAGUGUUUCGGCUGUGAUUCCACCUAUCAAGACUUCUAAAUAUAAAAUAUUCGAUAGGUAUUAUGGCAUGACAUCGAUUUUUAGCUAUUUAGAUUCCAUAUAAAGACAGUGGGCAAAUCAACAAGUAGGUAUCAUAUAGGAAAAUAUGAUUACAGACAUUUAGGUUAUGAUUCUUUAUGAGGCGUUUUUACAAGCUACGAAAAGCUCUCCUGUAAAUCAAUAUGAAAAUAUGUAAGAUUAAAAAAUACACUUACCUUCUAUGUAGUCACAUAUAUUUACCUGGUUUUUUCAGCAACUUGAGGCGUUGGUUUCUAUAAACUUCAAACAAAAGUCUGCUACAAUUACAUAAUUAUUUCCAAAAUUUCGCUUUAUUUGAAACGUAAAUAUUAGAAAAAGUAAUCGCUAAAACAAAACAUUACUUUGAAUACUUUAAGUUUUUGCUCCGUGUUGUCUUAAUGUGAUCAAUAAGACACCAUAAUUAGACGUAUUUCUACUUUAACAUUUUGCGCCUUUGAAAAUCUAUUCUGUAAAAUCUAAGACUUUUUUUUUCAUAUUAAAACCUACAUUAUUUAUCAACAUAGUUCAUAGUAUCAUGAUAUCAAUACGUUUUAUGUCAAACGAACAAUUUAGUUAUUUGACCAAUUUCACAAGAUUUUUUUAUAUUUCAUUUUUAACUUUUUUAAUUGCGAUAUAGGUACAGUCUAUGACUGGUAAUUUUCCGUUAUUGGCUUUAUUCCUCGAUCUAUUCUCAUAACUAUCACAUCAUUUAGAACAUGAUCUUCUCAUUUUAUUCUUUAUGUCGAUUGACACCAAGUUCAGAAAAUAUUCUAACUGUGCAGAAUGGUGUACCACUUGAUUGAUUUACCUGUUGUCCUCUAAAUGUCAACGCAUGCGCACUAUUCAGUAGCCGAACUGUACUUGGCAAUUCAUUUAAACAGCACAACUUGCAAAAAAUUUAUGUGUCAAAAAAGUAUUAGCUCUGCCCGCUGAUGAUUUUCAGAUUAUUUUGACAGAUAUGUAUAUCUCAGAAGGACUUGUACUGUUUGUCAAAGUUCGCAAAGGCGGGCACAGUUAUUUACAAUUUACCCAAAAUACUUAUAUAAGUUGAAUGUUAUAUGUGUACAUACCUGUAAAUAUACCAUAAAAUUAUGUCUAUUUUCCCAUUAUGUAAGAUGUAGGAUUACAUUUACCUCUUACUGUUAAUAAAUUAAAUUAUUCUAAAUGUAAGUUACAUAUGUAUAAGGUGUUAAAACAAUAAAUAAAGAUGAUUUGAAAAU